GGUAACGUCUGUGACGUCAUAAACAAACGUGCAAUUGAAAACGAUACUAGCAACGCUUACAGGCACAAUUAAAAUCUGCGGAAAUCAUGAGUCUAUUAAAAAAUAUAACGUCGGAUGGCUAUAAACGUAGAAGUAUUCCAGACCGAAGUGAAAAGUACCCAUCGAAAUAAUGCGGAUCCUUACGAUUUGUACUAUAAGAUUGACAGACCAAGCUAUGAAAAUACGUACAAGUUCAAUUUCAAGCAAUACGUGUCAGCGGCGAACACAGAUAGAGUAUACACAAGAGAGAGUAGCUCAUUGUGCGGCGUCUUUUUAGAAGAGGAGAAGACAUACAUCCUGUCAGGGCGUGUAAAUAAAGAAAAGCAGCGGAUGGAAAUCAGCAUUUGUUCAUCGUGGGUUGAGGCGCCAAUCAGCGCAGAGUCGCAGCAGCUGCUGAUGCAGUUCAAACACGAGACCGCUGUGUGUCCGGAGUGAGCUGCAGCACAAACGAAGAAAUACAUAUGGACACGCUUUGCUAAAAUAAUUGUACAGUGUACAAUUUGCUUACAUGUCCAAGUAAACGAAAGCAAUCGACACAUUGUCUUUAUAACUAAAUUGAAGUCAUCCUUGCAUUUUUUUUCGAGGAUCAUACAUAUUUUAUACAUACUUCGAUCAGAAUGUUCCAAUCGUUUUCGAAUAGUACAUGAACGAAGGCGACCAAAUUGGUAAGAACAUCUCUUGAAUCGUAUAAAUUUGUUUGGAUUAGUGGUUAUUCAUUAUAUACAUGUAUUUAUAUCCAUGACAAGAAAAAAAUGAUUGUCUGAACAGCGGGAACAUAUAAAAAUCUGCAAA